AUGCCUCGGCUGUGCGUCUUUCUCCUGGAGGUGUCCGCAAUCAUGAGCCUCCUCCCAUCGGGAUGUUCAGCAGAUUUGACCUGCGAAGCUCUGCUAAUGCUUUCAGGGAAUGUGUCAUUGUAUUCGUUGGCCUCCUGGAACCAAACCUCCAGCAAUGUCACAGGUCAGUGGAGCGGCUCGGGACUCUACUGUGACACCUCUAUCGAUGGCAUUGGCACCUGCUGGCCUAAGAGCAGCGCCGGGCAGAUGGUGUCGCGGCCCUGCCCAGAGAUGUUUUACGGUGUCAGAUACAACACCACCAAUAAUGUUUACAGAAAAUGCCUAGCCAAUGGGACAUGGGCUCUGAAGGGGAACUACUCCAUGUGUAAAGCCAUACUCCACGAGGAGAAAAAAGGCAAGAUGCACUACCAAAUAGCUGUGAUCAUAAACUUCCUGGGGCAUUGUAUCUCGCUGGUGGCUCUCCUCAUUGCCUUCUUUCUCUUCCUGUGUUUGAGGAGCAUCCGCUGUUUGAGAAAUAUCAUCCACUGGAACCUCAUAACUGCCUUCAUAUUAAGAAAUGCCACUUGGUUCAUCGUCCAAAUGACCAUGAGCCCCGAAGUCCAUGAAAGUAAUGUGGUUUGGUGCCGCCUGGUCACUGCCUCCUUCAAUUAUUUCCACUCGACUAAUUUCUUCUGGAUGUUUGGGGAGGGUUGCUACCUCCACACUGCCAUCGUCCUUACCUAUUCCACUGACAAACUACGAAAGUGGAUGUUCAUCUGUAUAGGCUGGUGUAUACCCUUCCCGAUAAUCGUGGCAUGGGCCAUUGGGAAACUUUACUACGACAAUGAGAAGUGCUGGUUUGGGAAGCGAGCUGGAGUGUACACAGACUACAUCUAUCAAGGCCCCAUGAUCCUUGUGCUAGUGAUCAAUUUCAUUUUCCUCUUCAACAUUGUGAGAAUCCUUAUGACCAAACUACGAGCCUCUACCACAUCUGAGACAAUUCAAUACAGGAAAGCAGUGAAAGCCACGCUGGUGCUUCUCCCUCUCCUUGGCAUCACAUACAUGCUGUUCUUUGUAAACCCAGGGGAAGAUGAGAUCUCUCAAAUCGUCUUCAUAUAUUUCAACUCAUUCCUAGAAUCCUUCCAGGGCUUUUUCGUCUCUGUGUUCUACUGCUUCUUAAAUAGUGAGGUACGAUCAGCCGUGAGGAAGCGCUUUCAUCGGUGGCAGGAGCAGCACUCUAUCCGAGCCCGGAUGACCCAGGCUAUGUCCAUUCCCACUUCUCCCUCGCGGGUCAGCUUUCACAGCAUCAAGCAGUCCACAUCGCUAUGA